CAUAUUGCGAUGAAUGCUUUCGUUCACAAAGAAAAGUACAUUCGCGAGUUUAAUUUUUCGCUAAAAUGGGCUGAAGUUCGUCGCAAUGCAAGUUUCGGGAGGGUUUACGAGAACAGAGCUUUGAAGCUAGUUUGAAUUUAUUUAAAAACUAGUUUGGAAUUCUUUAAAAUCAGUUUUCGAAUUUUGUAUGAUGUGGUUUGCUCCUAAUCUGCAGAGAUCGUACAAGUACCUGACGCUGGCCAAGAUGCCGUCGUUGCGCAUUGACCAGAGCGACUUGAAGUGUAAGAAUGGGUGUGACUACUAUGGGAACCCGCAGUGGCAGGGCUACUGCUCGGAGUGCCACCGUGAGCAGAAGGCAAAGACCCGAAGAGCAGAAAAAGAAAAGGCCCAAGCGUCAACGCUGCCCCGCCCCGAGCAUCGAACGCCCGAACGUGAGCGGGGCCGUCUCGCCCCACAUUCGUCCUUCUCUAAGUUUGAAGAAAAACGGCAUCGGCAGAGCGAGACGCUAAAAAAGGCUAAUCUUCUGAAGUUUAGCGUGUUCAAGAAAAGCAGCACAGAUGACCACGACACACCAGAGAAGCGUCAAGAGUUCAAAGUCCCAACCUCCGUCUUCGAAAACAUGAAGCGUGAUUUCCGCCAAAGAUUCCCCGAGCUAUACGCCCAAGUUCCUAAUAUAGAACGCGACGCCCGAGCUGUGGUUGACAAACUGGUCCAUGACGUCAUCAAGUGUUCGGGGUUCAUGUCUGUAGAUGAGCUGUCGGAGAGAGUGCAGAAACUUUAUCAGCGCUACAUGAAACACAUGGAGUCUCACUACAUGACCGUGGAUUCCGAAACGAAGGAGGUGCUCAUGGACUUUGUAGAAAAGCACGCAAUGACAUACUUGCACGAUCUCCCAUCAAUAGUAUUCUCUCCCUACGGCACAGAUGACGAACGCCUAGACAGAGCGUUAUCCGAAAGAAUCCAGCAACUAAGCUGGGUUGGAGAAAAACAACUAGAAUGUCGUCUAGCGGAACCAGCGAAAUGCAGGCAGCUACUCUAUCGUGCUAUAAACGAAUUACUGGGAAUGGAUAGCGCGCCAUCUCCCGGCGGUAAACUAGCUCGCGUCCGCCGCUGUUGCCGCCACGUGCUGGCGCUGUGCGGAGCCCCGGCCUCCGCUGAUGACCUGCUGCCUGCGCUCAUAUUUACUGUACUGAAGGCGAACCCACCCCGUCUCGUGAGCAACAUCAACUUCGUGACGCGAUUCUGCAACGCGCAAAGGCUCAUGACAGGCGAGGGGGGCUACUAUUUCACCAAUUUGUGCUGCGCCGUGUCUUUCAUCGAAAACCUGACAGCGGAGUCUCUUAACAUGGACAAGAAAGAGUUCGACGGCUACAUGGCCAUGCCGGCUUCUAUUGGCGGCAGCUCUUGGGCUGCAGCGUUAUCACUGUCAGCGGAACUCCGCGAAGCCGAAGAGCACAUGGCGUUGGCGAAGAAAUUGCUCGCGCAGGCACAGGAGAUCGAACGGGGUGCUGACGAGCUCGCAGCCAACGCUGAAACCUUCGAGAAAGAGAUAGCGAAGAAAGUGCAAGACGUCCUCACGAAGACACCUCUCGAGAUCAAACCUCGACGUACUCUCCCAAAGUUCGGCAAGUUUAAAACGCUCAACUCUGAGCCACUAGUCGACUUGGACAUCCCGUCACCACCACAAGAUGUCACCGAAGAAGCGAAAACAGAGACUGAAGUCGCUCAAGACAUCAAGGAUGACGUGGAUGGAACAGAACCGCCAAAGGAAAAUGUCCAACCAUUGAUAUUGACGGAACAACCAACUAGCUCAGAACCUGAACCGAGAGAGAAACUAAACAUCUUAGGAUUUGAAGAGUUGAACUCUCCCCCUAAGUCUCCACAUUUAGAUCAGCCUUGGGAUUUAAAGCAGACAAGCUCCAUGGAACUUCUAACUCCAUCACCCUUGGGAUUCACACCAUUUGAUUCAAGAUCUAUAGAUGAAUUGAUGACUCCAGAUGAAUUUGGAUCAGAACACUUAGCCCCUGGCUUGAGCAAUAUCAACUAUGAUAUAGAUUUAUCAGACUUUAGCGGAGAUAAUAGUAUAGCAGAAGAUGCUCCUAAAGAGAAAGACCCUUUCAGUCCAGAAAUGAAAGCCACUUUUGAUCCUUUUGCACCUAGAGAUCCAUUUAGUCCAGUACAAGAAAUAUUUGAUCAGUUCACUCUUUUAGAUUCCAAGAAUAAGGCUUCGGAUCCAUUUGAAAUAGUUCCUAAAAAGGACCCUUUUAGCCCUGAGCAUAACGCUUCUAUUUUAGACGACGGUGACUCGCCAACGGCAGCCUGUCUGUUGCCAUCGCCGUUGCUACCCCAAAGUAGUGGGAAGAAAUAAGUAUGAUUUAUUUUACUAUUAGUUAUUUCUGGAAUCCGAAAAUCAUGCAGAAUGAUCGUUGUCGUGUCUAAUUUCGGGCGAGUGAGAAAUUGUAGUCUUAGAGCGGUUUCAGACUAGCGUUUUAUAUAACACUUUAAGUUCUCGCGCUUUGUACACAUAUUUAAAGUUACAUACAGGUCGAACGCGAUUAAUUAACAUUAUCUUCCGCGAACACGGCCAGUGUAACCUGGCCGAAACGUUGGGAAAAAAGGUAAAAAUAAUGUUAAUUAAUCGCGUUCGACCUGUAUGUAACUUUAAAUAGCGUUUUAUAUGCGCGUAUUGUCUAAUUGUAAAAGUAAUAGGGCAUUUUCAGCAUAAAAUCUGUCUAAAAACUUAUUUUUUUCACAUUCUGAAUGUAGAUAUAUCGCUUAAAGUUUAUAUAAUUAACACAAAAACAAUAUUCUUAUGCUUGAAAUUUCAUGCUUGAUUAUCGUCACAAAACUGACAGUGAGUAAUUUUUGUUAACAAUUUACGCUAAUUGGGGGUCCCAAAUUCUGAAUAUGCCCAAUAAAGCCCGUAAUGCUGAAAAUACUGUACACGUAAGGAAAAAACAAGUUUGUAAUCAGUAUAAGGUAUUCAGUAACAACAGUCAUUAGGUUUAGAAUUAAUUUUAAAGUGGGAAAUGACUGCCUUGUGUGACUUGAACUCACGACCUCUGGAUCGUUUAAGUAUAACGCUCUUACGAUAGAUGUCGCUACAGGUUCCUAUUGCUGGAAAGUUUCGCUGACUUUAUGGGUGAAAUCGCAUUUUUUUCACAUGUCAGAGUGCUGUAAUCUAAAUACUUUGAAGUCUCACUCAAGGCAGUCAUUUUUCUCUUUUUAAUUAUUCUAAGCCUAGUGGCAUCUAUUGCAGACGUUAUUUGUUAAAAAUGAACACUGUAACUGAUUCAAUUAAGACACAAUCUUGUUCUUUGCCACUUUCAUAGGUAACUACUUAAAAAUAAAAAUUGGAUACUUGGUGGAUUUUAUGAAAUAUUAUGUAAUUAGGAAAAAAAAUAUGUUAUUUGGUGCUCACCAUGUUUUUUCCUUCUUGUAAAUUUUAUUUUUGAAUCUUGCACACUGUGAUUGUGUUUAAAAUUAGAAAUCGUUAUUUAUUUUUAUUAUAGUUUAUAAAUACAUACUGUUAUAAAAAUCUAGGAAUAAGUAAUUUGAUUGCAAAAAUAAAUGCGAUAUAUCAUAAUACUUACUUUAGUCAUUAAAAUUAUAGACAAAAACGAAUUAAAUUUAUUUCUCCGCGAUUUAAAAUAAACUACUGAUACCUAAGAGAACAUCAUUAAAUUACCAAAACCUUUUUGAAUCGAGCUGUAUAGACUUCUGUGAAAAUACCUACCUUUAUAAUAAAUUAUUCAUAAUAAAGUGAUAUAAGUACACUAA